AUGCCUCUAGUAUUUCCCUCCUCCUCGGUGCAAACCCCGGACCAAGUCUUGUCCCAAGUGCCCGAAGCGACCUCGUCGUCAUCGCCCUUCUUCCUCACCUUCUUCGCUUCCAUCGACCCUAGCACCGUCAGUUUGGAGCGGUGUGAGAUGCGCUCGAUCAUACUUCAAUGAAGCAGUAUGGCUGACUCGUAUGUCCCGUCUACGGGCCCAGGGUGAAUCAUGGUGCAUCGACUGCCGCAAGGCGCAGCCCGUGAUCGACCAACACGUCCCCGAGGCCAACAGCGCCUUGGUCUUUGUCGGCGAUCGUUCAGAGUACGUCCAACCACCGAGCCACACUCUACAACUCGAUCAAACUCGCUGGAAAUCACUCCAAAGCUUUUCCUCUUUUCGAACCAAGGCCUCACCUGACACUCUCUCCUCUUUUCUUUUCCGUCCUACUAUGCGUGCAUAGGUGGAAAGCUUCGCCCCUCCGAGAAGUCUUCGGCAUCUCGCGCAUCCCGACCAUCGUCAAGCUCACGUCCAAACCUUCCACGACAAGCGUAUCCGACGCAAGUCCCUUCUCACCUUUCCCACUCAACCUCUUUCUGGAUGACUAACCACCUCCUUCCAUCAUCUUUGUGCAGUCCACCUCCUCCCACUUGGUCGAAUCCGACAUUCUCGACCAGGCGAAGCUCAAGAAGUUCAUCGACUCGGAGUGA